GGGUGGCAGCUGGACCUACUGUGUGUGCCCACAGGAAAUCAGAGACACUGGAGGCCUUCCAGGCUCUGGAGGAGGGCCGUGUGGACCGGCUCGAUGGCAAGACGCCAGUGCCACCCAGCAAAGGCCACCUAACCCGGAGGCGGUCCAGCCCCAACCUGCCCAGGGAGGGUCAGCGACUCUCCUGGCAGCUCGAGCAGCGCAGCAGAGACCCCAAAGAGCCCCGGCGUUCCCCCAGCCCAGCUCGGCACCCCGAGAAGGCCAGCAGGACCCGGGGGGACUCCCCACGCCCUGCCAGCCCUAGCUGGCUGCUGGAGAGAGGCAGCCGGAGCCCACGCUCCGCAAGCCCAGCCCGCAGGUUGGAGAGGAGAGCAGGGGAGCCCGUGAACCCUCCCUGUCGCACUGAGAAAAGCUGGAGAAGCCGAGGGGAGCCUGCCCACCCCCCAAAUUCAGACAGGGGCCGAGCCACCUGGCAAGCAGGGGGUAUACGGCAGGCAAUGGAGAAGAAGAGCCGAGGGGAUUCCCUGCACCCCACAGGUGCUGGGAAGGGCUCAGAUAACUUCAGGCUGAGCCGAGUAGAGCCACCACCACGGGCCCUCAGUCCUGGGAGACGUACAGAGAGCACAAGGAAAAGCCAAAAGGAGAUCUCCCCUCCCAGCUUGGUGCGGGGGGCAGAGAGGCAACGAGUGAAGCCAGGGGAGCCGCUGCACCUUGCAGGGCCCAGGAAGCCAUCCGAAUGCAGCUGGCAGAGCCUCCGGGAAAAGCUGACAUCCUCCCAGCCCGCAAAGGGCACCAGCAGUGACUGGAAGGGCCGAGGCAAGCCCCUGCGCCCCACAAGCCCAACGCGACCACCGGAGCAGGACUGGAGGGGCCGGGGGGACGCCCACCAAGCACAGGUGUGGGAGAAGCACCAAGAGAUGCCCGUGUGCCAUGCAGAUGUGAUGCGCCAGCUGGCAAGGGACUGGAAAAACCCUGCUAGAUGUCUGGAUGUGGGACUACGGUCAGAUGACAGCUGGAAAAGGCCUGAGAGUCCAGCACAGCAUCUGGAAGAGGACUGGAAGGAUCCUGAGCAUGCACGAGAGACACACAACCCUGAGAAGCCAUUGGAAACUGACUGGGGGAACAAGAAUCUUCUCAUUUACCAUCCCCAGCUGGGUGGAAGCACCUUCCCACCACAAAGCAGCACUGGCUCCUCAGGAAGCCCGCAGCCACAUUUGAAUGCCAGUAAGAAGCGCAACAAGCCGGAUCUUCUCAAUUUCAAGAAGGGAUGGAUGUCCAUCCUGGACGAGCCCGGAGAGUGGAAGAAACAUUGGUUCGUGCUGACCGACUCGAGCCUGAGGUAUUACCGGGACUCGAACGCAGAGGAGGCUGAUGACCUUGACGGAGAAAUCGACCUCCGUUCCUGCACGGAUGUGACAGAGUUUGCGGUGCAGCGCAACUACGGCUUCCAGAUACACACAAAGGAUGCCGUCUUCACCCUGUCAGCAAUGACCUCUGGCAUCCGGCGCAACUGGAUCGAGGCCCUGAGGAAGAAUGUGCGCCCAGUCAGUGCUCCAGACGUCACCAAUUCCUGCUCUGCUUUCAGACUCCCUGACUGUGACAAGGAGAACUUUCGUAACUGUGUUCCCCAGAAAGGCUCACUCCGGACGGAGGAGCAGCAGCAGCCGGGCUUAGGCUCCGAGGGGAACUCAAAGGGCAGUCACUGGAAGGCGGAUGGGCAGCGCCAUGCCUUUGACUAUGUGGAGCUGUCUCCCUUGCCACAAGACCCUGGAAAUCAGGGGUCCCUGCAGAGGACGAAAGGGAGCUUGAAGAUCUCGGACCGAACUCCCAGGUAUGAGGAGCUGGAGCGGGAUCUGGCCAUCCGUUCAGAGGAGAGGCGGAAAUGGUUUGAGACCCCCGAUGGCAGGGUCCCAAACAGCGAUGGCCCAGUAGGAGACCCUUCCCACAAGGCUGGGGAGCAGGACCUCCCCACUCCUCCGCUUUCGGAGGACCAACGGGUUCGUCUGAAUGAGGAGAUAGAGAAGAAGUGGCUGGAGCUGGAGCACCUGCCCUUGAAGGACUUGCGGCGAGUACCCUUGACAACACUGCUGAACCAGAGCAAGGCGGGCCAGGGAGACACCAAUGAGGCACUGAAAAAGGAGAUCCAGUCACUGCGGGCACAGCUGGAAUCCUGCAGGGCCAGAAACGAGAGCCUUCGGGAGGCAGCAAAAUCCCAGGGGGACAGCCAUGUGCCCCGAGGGUACAUCUCACAGGAGGCCUGUGAACGAAGCCUGGCUGAGAUGGAAUCAUCCCACCAGCAAGUGAUGGAGGAGCUACAGAGGCACCACCAGCGGGAGCUGGAGCGGCUGCGGCAGGAGAAGGAGCGGCUCCUGGCAGAGGAGGCGGCGGCAACGGCAGCAGCCAUUGAGGCACUGAAGAAAGCCCACCGGGAGGAAAUGAAUAAGGAGCUGGGCAGGUCACGGAGCUUCCAGCAAUGCAGCUCACUCCCAGAAGCCCUCCAGAAGCAGCACCAGUUGGACGUGGAGUCGCUGAAGCGGGAGCUGCAGGUGCUUUCUGAGCAGUAUUCCCAAAAGUGCCUGGAAAUCGGGGAGCUCACCCAGAAGGCAGAAGAGCGGGAGCAGAUAUUGGAGCGCUGUCAGCAAGAGGGGAAGGACCUCCUCCAGAAAAAUCAGGAGCUGCAGACCCGCCUCUCGGAUGAGAUCGGGAAGCUGCGAAGCUUUAUUUCAUCGCGGGGCUCUGGGGACCGUGCUUCGCACAACAACGAGCGGAGUUCCUGUGAGCUGGAGGUGCUGCUGCGGGUGAAGGAGAAUGAGCUCCAGUACGUAAAGAAGGAGGUGCAGUGCCUCCGGGAGGAGCUGCAGAUGAUGCAAAAGGACAAGAGAUUUGCCUCAGGGAAAUACCAAGAUGUCUAUGCAGAGCUGAAUCACAUUAAGGUGCGCUCGGAGCGAGAGAUCGAGCAGCUGAAGGAGCACCUGCGCCUGGCCAUGGCGGCUCUGCAGGAGAAGGAGUCGCUGUGCAACAGCAAGUAACGGUCUGCUCUACAUUUGUUAUCUGCUCUUGUUUUGUAUUUGCUCCAUUCCUCACUUGUGGGGAGAGGGAGGUUGAAUCCCUAUCCGUUGCCACCUUGGUGAGGAAUCCCACACACCCCCAACCUCCUCACUCCCCUCCCAAAGCUUUUUUGAUGAACCCUUUUUGCCUGCAUACCUGAGCACGUUGUUUGGACUGGCUCCUUACAUGCACCUUCCUCAGGAUUUUAUAUGUGAAAAUUAUAUUUUAUAGAGGAUUUUUUUCCCCAUGGAAAGGAGGGGAAGAGGAGGAGGAAAACUUUUACUACAUCACCAGCAUUUUUCUAACCUGAAAAAGAGAACCUGGUUUUUCCCCCUUUCCUAGCUCCAUUUCUCCUGGCCACACACAGCCACCUUUGGCACAUAUUCCCUCUCUUCCAAAUGUCUCCAUGGUCCCCCUGGGAUGUACGGCAAGGACCAUGCUCCCCCUCCCCGUGCCGCCCCCAGGGACCUGCGGAGAAGACACGUAAGCCAUAGGAGGGAGCCGCUGGGGCUAUCUGUCAUGGAUGUGCUUGCCUGAGACAGUUGAAAGAGGACACCUUGGCAAGAGUCCACAUGAUCGAGCUCUCUCUCCGUGGCAGGAGCCCAGAGCCACGGGGCUUCUCCUUUCUGGGGAAGAGGAGCUGUGAGGCUGCUACUGCACCCGCCCGAGCCAAUCUCCCCAAGGUGACAGCUGCUGCUGCUCCGCUGUGCCCUUCAACUUUUAACUUAAUAAAGUCUUCCCCUUUCGCUGAGAAAAAUGUGUUCCUUGAGAAGAAGGCUUGCCAUGAAGCCCUAAUCCAGUGGUGAGGGGUGUGUUUGUGUGUGUGAUUUUUCAAGGUUUUGGUGUAUACUGACCAAUUGCUUCCUUUCUUCAGGAUUUGGUGAGGGAAAGAAACAGGAGCACCCCUGGCCAGAGAGUGAGAGGAGCCUUGCAGUGGCCCAGCAAGUUUGCCCCACCUUUGUGUUUGAGGGGGCAAAUAAUCUGCUUCAUUGCGCUGCUCCCAAAAUUCCAUGUGGACCCUGAGCCUCAUGGAGGAAGAGCUGAGCCUGGGCUGCAUUAGUAAAUCCAGUAUUGGAAGGGUACAUGGCACUGCAAAUUGCUGGCAGAGUAAACAGUAUAUAGAUAUCCUGGGGAGAUGGCAGAGAUCACAAAUGCUUUCCUCCUCCUGUUUUUUGUGUGAAGCAUGUUGCUUUUAUGUCAGGAUGGAGGACCUGGUGGUGACUACUACUCAUUCAGCCCCAUCCCGAUAUAAAGAGGAGCUGUUGUUCUGCAGAGAAGAGAUCGAAUUGUUGUCACAUGCUGGGGCUGGAGGCAGCAUCUGAAGAAGGAAAGACAAAGGGGUCGAGGAGGAUUCUUGGAUGGAGGUGACAGAUGUGUUGGCUGAGAGACUGGAGUACUCUGAGACCUGGGGAUGGAAACAGGGUGUAAGAAUGCAGUGGCAGCUGAAAUGAGGGGUAUUAGGGAGACACUCUUUUGCUGUUUUGCCAUGGUAUUGGCAUUCCCUAGAGCAAGAGGGUGCAGGCCUGCCCUUCCCUUGGGAAGGGCUGCAGGGACUACUUUCCCCAGGAAAGGCAGAUCACUUUGUUAGUCACAAAUUCUGGUAAAAUUGGGUUGCAGAUUUUAGUCACAUGCACAAGGCCCUUGGGCAACCCAGUGGAUGGUGCAAGAGUCCAAGCAAUGAGCUCAGCUCCCUACUACGCCUGUCAAGCACCAGGGCUUGCUGUUGAUGCUUUUUGGCCUUCUGCCUCUGGUCUAGAAACCCUUCUGUCCCUGUGCUGCCCAAGGUCCAGGCUUUUCCCUCUGCCCCCCAGCAGGACAUGGCUGUUGCCAUUGAGUUUGGAAAGGGGUGAGCAUUUGGCAUGUGGGGGAUUUGCUCAUGGGAUGGCAAGCGGUGAAAGAACAGCUCAGGGCAGGUGUUUUUGGGCUGCAGAGCUUGGAAUUGCCAUGGGAAUUUAUAGGAGCCAAAAGAGGAGGAGAAAAAAGGGUUCAGGACAGAGUGUUGCGGGCCAUGUGUGUUUUUUAGAAAAAAUAACCACUCAAACAACAGUCUGUAUAGUUAUACCUACUCCUGGGGGAGGAAACUCCAAAAGUGGGGCACUGGGGGUAAACAAGGGGUGAACUGCAUACUGCUCUUUGCACAGUGCUCAGCACCCUGCUCACCCAUCCCUUCCCCGAAGAGUUUGGUAUCUUGUGUUUGGGUUGGUUUGUUGGGGUGCUGUGUUGUUUUUUUCUGCCUUUCAGACGAGGGCUGCUCAGCCUGAUAAGUGUGUGGCGUAAGCACAGGCGAAAUGUGUGUGCCCCUGACAUGUGGUGGAGCUGCCCCUCCUUGAGGCUCUGUGGCUGCAGAUCAGCCCCGGGCAGGGUAGAGUCUUCCCCUCAUCCCGGGGCCAUGGGGGACGCGCCUCCAAAAUUGGCGCGGCGUUAAUCAGGCAGAGCCUGUCUCGCCUGUAUCGGGGCGAUAUGGUCACCCCGUCGUCUCCACAUCCUUAUCUCCUGGGAGCAGGGGACCUGGGCAGGGGAAGAGUGGCCAGGAGAGGAGAUGACCAAAAUGCCCGUGGGUGACAGGCAUGAUGGCUGGCAGAGCCCCAAAAACAUCCCAAAGCAAUGGUUGUGUCCCAUCCGCUUGCUUGCAGCUGGAUUGUGGCUGUGACAAACAUCCCAGCCUCAAGCACAGGGAAAACCCACAGCUCUACAGCACCAUGGUUGUAUGGGAGCCAGCACCGCAGCUCAUGUAAUGAGCUCACUCUUAAAAAGCAACCCACAAAUCUUUUAAAACAGUGGUAUCAGUCCAGCAGUGAGGGGUACUUUGCCAUUUAUUUGUAUCCUUCAAGCCUGCUCUGCCCCUAGCAAUGGCCAGGCUGAGUGGCUUCAUGCUGGGCUGACCACACUGCAUUGCACACCAGGGACUCAGAGCUGAAACUCUUAUGAGCACAGCUGGAACUUCAGCUAGUUUUUGUGUUUUGCUCUUAAAAAAGCACAGACGCACUUGGAUCCUAGUACCACCAAGACCAAGUCCCACUGCUGGGGAUUUUGAGUCUCUCUGAAAUGGAAACUGGCUAAAAUGAAAUGUUAUCUCUGACAUUAAUUGGGCACCAGAAGUGCCCUGGUGCCCUCAAAGGCCUAUGAACAGCUAUCCUGCCCCUACAAGGCAGGGGCUAUUACCCGAUGAUCUGUAGCACAUCCGCAGUAGACGUGGUUUGACCAUUUAAGACAAAAUCUGCAGCUGGAAAUGUGUAAAUUCCCAUGGGGUCUGGUUGAACUCAGUGCAGGCAGGGAGGAGAAGGUAAACAGGAUUACAGAGAGGAUUCUUCUGCCAGGCUCUGUCCUCUGGGGUUUGUUGGAGAUGUGGGAUUUCCCAAUCUCUGCAGAAUAAUGCCAGAAAGAGAAGGCUCAGGAGGCUUGGAGUGGUUGGAUAGCAAUUCCUGAGGAGAAAAGUGGGUGCAGGGGGUAACCCACCCCAUCCUGGGAAUGGUGGCAGGUUCCUGUGGCCAAAAAUACAGGCAUAAACCCAAGAUGGCUGUGGUGGCACGUGUGCCUAUGGGAAAAACUCUUCCUUCUGGAUGAGUCCCCCGUGCUGCCUGCAGUGAGGUGCCAAAAGCACUGGACCCACUUCCCAGAGGCAUCAGGGCUUGCAUUGCUUGGCAGCAUCUGCCUUCUACCUCCAGGCCUGACAUCCUGCCAGGGGCUGGAAAACUCUCUCAUCCUCUCUCUCAGUCCUGACCAGUUCAUGUUAAAGAUGCAUUGUCAAAACAGUGCAAGGUUCAAGGGGUGCAUUCCAGUAUCAGCUGGGGUGCUUGGGGUUUUGCCAUGACCACGUUACCCCCCAUGUGCAAAGCCAGCAGCAGCUUGAUGAGCUGUGACCACCUGUGCGCCUUCCCUCCAGUGAGUUGCCUGGGGGCACGGGAUCUUCCCCUUAGAUUGACUGACUAAAAAUUAGGGAUCUAGUCUGUAUGAAAGGGCCAGAACCUCCACACACAGGGGAGAGCAUGUUUGUUUGCUAGCAGCGGCACCCGCCGGAGGACGAUGAGCAGCCCGGAUCAGCAGCAGGAGCUGCCCAGGUGAACGAGUGAGAUUAGACUCCUAAGGUGGCCAAAGUUAGGUAAAGCAUCUGCCGUGUCCCUCCCUGCUGCCUUUCCCCCCGCCGCCUUUGCCUCCCCAUCACUGCGCUGGAUUGAUAAUUGCUGCCUGGGUUUUAGGGCUGGAGGCUCCGCAGGCAGCCCGUGGUGCUGUGCCAGCCCCAGGGGCCAAUUCCUAAACCCCUCCUCAACCUCCUUGUCUCCCCUCAGAGCCUGGCGCAUGGGUGAGCCACACGCAACGGUUGCAAACUUGGAUGCAAAUAAAAACAGAUGGUGCCUUAUCUGCCUGCCUGGGUUUGCCUACGUGCCAGCAGCCAGCGCCAGCGGUUUAUUCCCAGAUAGGAAAAAUGAGAGGUCCCCCAGCCGGUCAAAGCGUUGCACAGAGGCCACCGGAGCUCUGUGCACUCCAUAUGGGAUGGAAAGCCAUUUAUUUAUUAGGUCUUAAACAAAAGCAAACCCCAAGGGAGGCAGGAGAAUAAUUAUUCUUCUCCACAAUUAGGAGCAGUUUGCUCCUAAUUAAAUCAAAAGGUUUGCAGGUGCUGAGAGCCUUUCCCACUCCCCAAAUGGGAUAGAGCAUGUGAAGAAACUCCAUCAGGGAGGAAGGCUCGAGGAGAUGCACUUGGUCCUUCCACCUGUGGGAAAGCAUCAGGGGCCUGAGUAUCUUCUUCCACGCCAGGUCUUCACAUCAAAGAUUCCUAUUUCUAUUUAAAUGUAGGGAUGGGACAAGGGGGAAUGGCUCUAAACUGAAAAAGGGCAAGUUUAGAUUAGAUAUUAGGAAGAAAUUCUUUAUUGUGAGUGUGAUGAGGCACUGAAACAGGUUGCCCAGAGAAGUUGUGGAUGCCUGGAAGUGUUUAAGGACAGGCUUAAUGGGGGUCUGAGCAAGUUGGUCUAGUGGAAGGUGUCCUUGCCCAUGGCAGGGAAAUUGGAACUGGAUGAUCUUUAAGGUCCCUUCCAGCCCAAACAUCCCUAUAUGAUUCUAUGAUUCUAUUUCUAUUAUUUCAAUUUCUUUAUUUUUAUUUGUAUUUUUAUAUCUAUAUUGAUGUUUUAUUGAUGCAUACUUCUGUGUGUCCCUGGCUGGUGGUUUUCAUGGCCCUGGAGACCAAGGGAACUCAGAGGUUAUUGAGAGGUGCUUCACUGUGUAUUUUAAUGCUAAACUGAAGCACUGGGAGGUUUGGUUCACCUCUGAGCCCCAGAUGGCAUGUUGGUGGGCACCAGGUGGCUGCACCCGCAUGUUUUUAAAAAAUAAGGGGAAAACAUCGUCUAAAUCCUACAGGCAAGAUGAUGAUAGUGGCUAUAUUUAAUCUCCCAGGAACAGCCGACCGCUCACCCAGCAGGGAAAGGAUGGCUGAUUGCCACUAUGUCUCUACUCUGACACCACACUAAGAGUUGAACCAGGGGACAGCCUGUUAUUUGUGACCCCUCACCAUCCAUGUGCAAGGGCUGAGCUGGUGUUCCUAAAGCACCUGGUGGAGAGCAAAGGGGCAGAAGAGGGAAUAGUGGCAUUUCGCCUUGGGGUAUUGCUGCUGAGCUGACUUGUGCCCAGUGCUCCCCGUUUUCUCCUUGGUGCCGUGCCCAGUGUCUUCUCUGGUGUCCCUUCUUGCCCCCUUAAUAUCUUCCACAGUGUCUUUCCUUGUCCCCUGAUAUUUCUCCAGCAUGUCUCCUUGUGUUGCCCCUAAAUGUCCCUCCCUAACCCUGUGUCUUCCCCAAGUGUCCCUCUGCAUCUCUUGAUGUUGCUCUGAAUAUCCCUGACAUGCCUGUCCCUGUCUUACCAGCGUCCCCGAUGUCCCCCCAGUGUCCUUCUUUGUCCCUACACAAUAUACUUCCAAAUGCACCUCGUACCUAAGCUGCCCCACUAAAUGUCCCUUACAAGUCCUCGCUCUUCACUGUCCCCCGCUGAUCCCACCAGUGUCCCUCCUUGUCCCCACCAUGUAUUCCCCCAAAUACUCUUAUUUAUUCCACAGUGUCCCCCGCACUGUCCCUCCCUGUCGCUCCCGGUGGGUCGGGUCAGGGCGUGGCAGGGGACACGCGGGGACA